AUGGCCGAAUGUGUUGAUUUGCUUGAACAAGGUGAAUCAUCACGACCAUACAUACCCCGUAUGUCUAGACCUAUGUUCAUGCACAUUGUGAACGACAUAAUAUCAUACCCAUCUCGCAAUCCAGGUCCUGUGCCUUUGCGUUUUAAAAGAAUGCAAGACAAGCAGCUUGAUGCCCGAGGAAAGCCUGGUUUCAGCACCAUCCAAAAGUGUGUAUGCACCAUACGUCAAUUGGCGUAUGGCUACAAUCCCGACUCACUUGACGAGUAUCUACAGAUGGGUGAAGAAACAGCAAGGUGGAUGAAUACUUGCGUAGACCAACACCAGAGGACAUACAACGCUUGUACGCUCGACAUGAAGAGCUUCAUGGCUUCCCAGGCAUGCUUGGAAGCAUUGAUUGCAUGCACUGGCCUUAGAAGAACUGUCCCAAGACAUGGCAAGUCGCCUUUAUUUAGGAAAAUCAUUGAAGAUCGUGCACCUGAUAGCCCGUUCACUGUCAAUGGCACCCACUACAAAAAGGGUUACUAUCUCGCAGACGACAUAUAUCCCGUUGUAAAGUCGUAUUCAUGCCCUCUAGACGAGAAGCGGAAGAAAUUUAAAAAGUUUCAAGAAAGUGCCCGGAAGGAUGUCGAGCGUGCCAUUGGAGGGCUUCAAAACUCAUGGCACAUUCUAACCCAACCAGCAAGAUCAAAAAGCGUGAAUCGGAUCACUCGAACAAUGUACGCCUGUGUUAUAUUGCAUAACAUGAAGGUUGAAGACGCGGGGUACGCCAUAAGCUCACUGGAGGAUGGAGACGACAUUGAUCCAAUCGUCUUACCAGAGCGUACGUUCGAGGAAAGGAUUGCAUUUCACCAACGUACCGGCAAGGAGCUUUGA